GAAGGAAGAGGGAGAAAAAGGAGAUGGAAAAGGAGAUGGAAAGAGAAAGGGAGAGGGAAAAGGGAAAAAAAGGAAGGAAAAAGAAGGAAAAAAGAGAGAGAGAGAGAGAGAGAAAGAAAGAGAAAAGGAAAGGAAGAAA